AAGAAACACGGUUUGGUUUCGUGUUGCCUCUGGCCUCUUCUGGGCUUCUGGCUGUGGCUUUGCCCUUGGCCUUGCCCUUGCCCUGCUGUCAUCCAGUUGCCCUGCCCUGCCCUGCCCUGCCCUGCCCUGCCUCAAGAAACAGAAACAGAAACAGAGGAACGCGGGGAGGGAAUCGAAUACGAUACCUUCUCUUCUUCGUUUCCUUGUUUCGUCUUCCGACGAUUGCCAUGCCAUAUUGGUCAUUGCCGUGACCGUGAGUGACAGACAGCCUAAACUCGCUCAGCUAGGGAAGGGAAAGAAGUCCGCCACCAGCAAGGGUAAGGGCAAGGGCAAGAGCAACGCAGAGAGCCCUGUUUCGAUUCGGGACGCACCAUCCUGUUCCUGUUCCUGUUUUCCUGCUUCCAAGUUCCAAUCCAAAUCCAAAUCCAAUCCCCGGCGGAUGUGUUGUGAUAUUCUUCUAUUCUACUAUACUACUUGUAUCUGUUCCCCAUAGAUAGAUAGAAUAGAAGAUACAAGAGCAGGACGAAAUCUUAUCCCUCGAUCCAAUAGCAAGGACUCAAAAACCGCCGGAACUGGAACAAGAGCGCUCGCUGCAACUGCUUGUUGGACAGACUCUCCCGGCCAUGGCCACGCCCAAGCACAAGCAGCGCCGGGUCUACCAAGUCUGGAAAGGCAAAAACAUAAUACUAUGCGGUGGAAGGUUCAUCUUCGGACCAGAUGCCAAGGCCACCCUGAUUUCUUUCGCUCUAAUCGCCAUCCCUGUCGCUGUCUUCUGCGUCUUUGUAGCCAGGAAUCUCAUACACAUCUUCCCUGCAUAUAAUGCGGGCUAUGCAAUUCUUGCUGUCACUAUAGGCCUUACUGUUUAUGUACUGUUACUGCUCUUCCUUACCUCGUCUCAAGAUCCAGGUAUUGUACCACGAAAUUCACACCCACCUGUGGAAGAGUUCUCGUAUGAUGCUUCAGCUCCACAUGCUCUUCAGUUCCCUCGGGUAAAAGAGGUUAUGGUCAAUGGCAUGCCUGUGAAAGUGAAAUACUGUGAAACUUGCAUGAUAUAUCGGCCUCCUCGCUGCUCGCACUGCUCCAAAUGUGAUAACUGUGUUGAGCGCUUUGAUCAUCACUGCCCUUGGGUUGGGCAAUGUAUUGGAGAGCGAAAUUACUGGUACUUCUUCUGUUUUGUUUCUUCAGCGGCAGUGCUUUGUAUCUAUGUAUGUGCAAUGUGUGGAUUGUACAUCAGGUUUCUCAUGAAUAGGGGUCAUUAUUCGGUGGGGAAGGCCAUUAAAGAAUCUCCAGCUUCAUUGGCAGUCAUGGCAUAUUGUUUCAUUUGCUUUUGGUUCGUCGGUGGUCUCACUGGGUUCCAUUCUUACCUUAUUGCAACAAACAAGACAACCUAUGAGAAUAUCAAGUACAAGUACAGCAACCAACCAAACGUGUAUGACCGUGGUUGUGUGCGCAACUGUCAUGAGGUUUUGUGUACAAAAAGGAAGCCUUCUAAGAUCAACCUGAGAGCUAUUGUUCAAGAAGAACAAGAGGUAGCACGGCCACAGACCAGCCCUUCCAAUGCACCAGAAGAUGAAGCACCCCACCGUCCGCGAGCCAAGGUUGAGGAUGAUCUAGAAAUGGGCCUUGACACCCUCAAGACUACAGGGCGCAGAACAGAUGAACUCAGCAAUGAAGAAUUGGAGUCUGGAAGCAAUGGUAUUAAAUAUCGCACACCAGAUUCAAAGACUGAGAUACCUGUUACCAGAACUAAGACAGAGAUCUUUAGUGAAGUUAGGGAUCUGGACUUGUCGGUUAGUAAUGCUGCACAACCUUCAUCUGCUGAGCAAAAACAACACCCAGACGAACUUUGCUGAUGGUAUAUGAAUGUCCCUAUUCUUGGAAAGGUUUGUCUUUCUGCAUUUCCUUAUUGCAGACACCAAGUUAUUCAGCAGUGCUGUGAAUGGUUGGAUUUGAAGGCAUACGUCCUCCUUUGCCAUCUGCAUUUUAGGAUUUAGGCUGUUGCUUGAUCGAUCAUAGGAUUAUGUGUGUUAAGAUCCUCCAGUUUAUGCGGUUUAUGGAGGUCCCAAGAGAUUCUAGGAAUUGUUUGAGAUUCUUCUGGUGUGUCAAGGCUGUUUGAUUCAAAAAUUGUACAUAAUUUUCAUAGCAAUAUGAUCACUGAAAUGUAAAAUGUGUCCUCUCGGAAUGGGCUGUAGCUGGUCUUUUCUAGAACCAUCCACAUCAUUUGGUAAAUGCUCGAUCUGAAACCCAAAA